AUGACAGAAGUAUCCUUUUCUCCCUGCCCCAUAUUUUCUGGGGAGGUGGAGGACUACUAUUGUACCAGCUGUCACACAACUUGCAGUGGUUUGUCGCUGCUGGUGGGUCCUCAUACUGGCCACAACCGUGUCCCGUUAACCGCGGCAAUCAAGUAUCUUCCAGCGGCCCUGCAACGAGAUGCAAGUACGCUUGUCACGCGGAUCCAGGAAGAGUAUGUGCGGCCCAAGACGGCACACUGCAACACGCUCCACGCCACGCUGACCCACAUGCAGCAAGAGAGGCAACGAAAGCGCAGGCAACUUGAGGAGCUUCAGCGGGAGUUGGGCACCCUCGAUAAAAAUAUAGACACACUUACGGAGGAGUGCGCCAUGGCUCUCUGUCACUGGUCCCAUCAGCGUGAGGGCUUUUUGCGUCAAGUGCAGCGACUGCUGCAGGGUGCUGACACCAUUGCAAAGACGCUUGCAACACGAGUAAGAGACACGAAUAAUUCCCAACGCAGCGUGAAAGCCAACGGUGCAGCGCCAGCUAUCGUCCUUCCUCCCGGUGCACGACAGGCAGUAAAGGAAGAGCUGAAUGAACUCCGACGACUGCUGGCACAACCGCUUGCGUGGUUAGAGUAUGAGGAGGGGGAGUCGGCGGCGGGGGGCGGCAACGCCGAGGCGAAGGAAUUGGGUGAGGCAUGGCAGGAGAUGCAGCCGGGCUGUCUUGCAACGGACGGCGGCGGAGCCGUCGUUGGCCACCGAAGCACGAAGGAAUCCUACAGGCAGAUGAGCGGCGUAAGUGGCCUGUCCCGCCGUGGUCAUAGCCGUCAGCUGGUGCCCUCCGACGCCGCGGCGGUGCUGGAGCAGCUUCUUGCAACACAUAGGGAGCCGCAAAUACGAAGGGCAUCACCGCCGUUGUCAGCUGCGUCCUCCACUUUCGAGGAAGACGGGGCGAGUGGCUGCGAUACACUCAGUGAGACUUCGGCAAGGACGGAACAACGGCGAUGGCAGCGUGACUUCAAGCAGCGAGAGAGACUCCUGCGGGAGGGCCUCGACCGCUGCAUGUGUUGUGACACUCUUUCAAUGCAGCGAGCAACAGCAAAAGCCAUGACGAGUGAUGAGACCGACGUCAAUUACCUCAGCGGCAGCAGUGGAAGUGGAAGUGGAAGUGGAAGUGGAAGCGUCAGGGAAGCCGUAGAUUACCUGCUGCGUCACCCUCGACAUCGUUAG